GUUGCUGUGAGUCAUGUAGAGCAAAGGUUUUGCACAUUAUUUCUGCUUUACACUCACAGGAGUCUUUAUUAUUUGAUUAUUGGACGUAAAAGUCUCAAAGACAUUUGGCAGCUCCUUUCCAUCCUGUUAGCUCAGCCCACCAGCAGCAAAGGAGAAGCCUCCCCAUCACACAGAUCCAACGUCCACUUCCUACUGGACAAUGCCUCUGUUCCGAGCUUCAGGUGAACGUCGUGGGGCGAAGGCUCAGCCCGGGCGCAAGAAGCUGAGAAGGUGGAGGGGGAACUGGAGGAAGACAGAUGAAGAUGGCUCUGUCCUUUCUUUGUCGCGGCUGUGUCUGCUCAGCCUUGUUGACAACAUGAAGGAGGUGUGGGUGAAGGACUAUGCCGACAACUACCUGGAUCAUUAUUCAUUCAGAUACAUCAUGGGGCCUUUCAACUUACUGCCGGGUGAGUUGGUUGAGGAGCUGACUGGGCUGCUGUGUGCCAGAAAGCAAAUGUCCCGGGCAGCCCUCCACCUCCUGCUGGUCCCCCAACUCCGUGGCCUGUCUCUGGAUAAAUGUCCUGGUCUGGUCACCUCAGCACUCUGCGCCCACAUUGCUGCACGUUGCCAGGGUCUGUGGAGUCUGGAUCUAUCUGGAGCACAGCAGGUGCCCUCAAAGGUCCUGUCUGAAACCCUCUGCCGUCUACCUGCCCUGCGCUCACUCACCCUGGCUGGUACACUAUGUGACAGAUGUGUCAUCAGCACGAUUGCCCACCGCUGUCGUUUGCUUCGCCAUCUGGACGUAUCACGUUGUCAUUUCCUUUCCCCUGCUGCACUACUUCUUCUUGGAGGUGGGGCUUUCUCUUCAUCCUCCAGCUGUUCUUCUGCGUCACCUCGUAGCACCUCCUCCUCUUCCUCUUCCUCUUCCUCUGCACCCUUGUCUCCUCUCCCCCUCAGCAGCCUGCUGGCUCUGGAUAUCGGGUUUGGGGAACAAGAGGGGGACCCUGUGGCGGCAGCAGCCUACCUCCUCCUCUCCCUGCCCUGCCUGACGAGAGUGGCCAUGGAGGGCCUUGCGCAGGCUUCCCGUCUCAUCCAGCAGAGACAGCUCAGCCAGACACAAGAGUUCACUGACAGAGAAGGAGUUCCCAGGCUGGAAGAGGUGUGGAGGGAGUGGAGGCACAGACAGGGCAUGGACAGUUGCAGGAAAAAGGGAGAAGAAGCAGAAGCAGGGGAAGAAGAUAAGGAUGAAGAGGAGGAGAGGAUGUUGUGGGAGGAGUAUGGUAGUGAGAGUGAGGAAGAUGAGAGCACAGAUGAAGGGCCAAGUUGCUCUCAGAACCAAGCAGGGGAAAAAAGGAGAGGAAGAGUGUUGUCAGGUGAUGAACGCCUCAUCCUGCGUCUCAAGGAGGUCAAAGGCCUAUCAUGCAACUCUCUGGACAGUUUCAGUCGAGCAUGUCCUAAUAUCCACACCGUAUCUGUGAACGUUGAUGAUGAUGAAAACACUAGAGGAAGAAGCCAGGGGUCUGUGUUAGCUGCAGGCCUCCAGGCGUGGUCAGGCCAGCUGCGGAGCCUUUCGGUGCACUACCCAGGCCCUCUAGUGGAUCUCCUUCCUGCCUUGCAUGUUGCAGGCUGCUCUUUGGUCUCUCUCACCCUUGAGGGGGUGAAAACUAGCCCUCACACCCCUCUGCUGGAGCUCGUCAAUGCCUGUCCCCGACUCAGAGACCUGCACAUUUCUGCCGAACCCCCAAGCACCCCACAGGAAGAACAAGAAGAGGAGGAUCAGAGGGAAGACAGGGAUCUUCCAAAGCUGCCUUACCUCAGCUCCCUCUCACUCAAUUUCUCCUAUGAGCACAACCAAAUGAAGCCCAUCAUGUUCUGGAUGUCCCUGAGGAGGGUACUCAAGUGUCUUCUGAUUGGCUCUCCUUUACUGGAAAACCUCUCUCUGGUCUCCCUGCCCUGCCCUCUGGACUGCGUUUUACAGGAUGUACUGUACAUGGGCUCACCAGCGCCCUGGCCACUUGGUCGGGUACAACGCGUCGACCUGUCACGGACAGACGUGACGGUGAUAACAGUGCUAAGUAUUCAGCAACGGAGCCGGAGACUCAAGUAUGUAGACUUGAGUUGCUGCUGGCAAAUCAGUCAGCACCAGUGGAUGAACCGCAAGACAUUCAGUACGGUCCAAGUUGUCUGGUCGUAGUGAAGAGAUGGGCAGCUUGCAACACACGAGCAGCACUGCUUAAGGUGAAUGAGUGAAGCUUUAAAUCAUUAGAGUAAAAUACAAUGCAUGAUUUUUACAGUGUCAGUUACAUUCGUAUACUAGCUUGUAUAACUACAAGUCUUUCUUAUUUUUGUAACUUAAGCCUUACCAACACAGAUUGAUUUUACUGACUGUAUUUGGCACUGACAGGUUGCAGUAUGUAGUUAAUACUUGUCUCACAUCAGACAUGUUAAUUCUAAAGUGCCUUGAAUGAACUACCAGCUACAUCUGUGCUGUAUUUCAAGUAAAUCUUUUGACUGUCACGUUUUUUAAGAUGAUGGCGAAUUCAACAGACAACAUGUGACUUAUGAGGAACACUUUUCUGUGUAUUAUGACCUUUUCAGUACACUGUCAGUAUAAAAUCACAUUAGAAA